CAAAAAAAAAAACAAUAAUAUCGAAAGAAAAUAAUUUAUUUAUUUGAUUGCAUUAAUUACAUGAAAAAAAUUAAUGAACCGCUAACUGAUAUAGAUUUCAGGGAUAAACACGAAGGGGUCAGCGGCAAACGUUGUAAAGGAGUUGCUGUAAAGUCUUUAAAUAAAAAUGCCGGUAUUAGAAUCUUGUUGGUCACCAUGCAUUUGGGCUUCAAACGUGAAGACGGGAAGUAAGGUUAUAGCCUUUUAUACGGCAGCAAUGAGUAUAAUUCUGAUAACUUUUAUAGUUUAUCAGAUGCUUGGAGGUGACUCUACUCAGUUGUGGAACCCUCUGUUUGAAGCUGAUGUCAGAGGAUCAUUACAAAUUUUCGGCAUAAUCUUCAUCAUUAUUCUUCUCCUGCUAUUUGCUUUCUCUAUUUUAAUGGUUGUUGGAAUAAAUAUCUGGAUGAGAGGACUGAUGUUACCUUGGAUGAUCACCUUUGGCACAAUUAUUAUAUUCCAAUUUAUAUUUGGUUUGUGGCUGAUGGGCGGUUAUUAUAUUUAUCUUGAUGCCACAUUUGCUGCCUUCAUUAAUUUUCUCUGGAUGGCUUACAAUAUCUACUGCUGGCUCUGUGUUUUAUCACAGUAUCAGAUCAUUUUGGAAAUGCAGUCACCAAACAUUGAAAUACUAGUUGAAUAUUAAGUAAAAAUUAAAGUUAAUUGUGUUUUACAUAUAUUUGGUUUGUAAUGACUUAAAUUAUUGAUAAAAUAUUUCCUUUACAAAUAUUACCUUUUAAGCAAAUCAUAGACUUAGUAUGUAUAGUUUUUUAGUCAAUGAAAUUAUUAUUUAAAUUGCCUUCAAAUAUAAUCUGAGUUUUUCAGACUUUUUGACUCCAGAACUUAUAGUGUGACAUUAAAUCAAUUAUGUUUUUGUAAAACUGGAUCAAAUAUUAGAUAAGUAUUGCAUUUAUUUUAUAGCUAUUUUUAUGUUUUUAUAAAUUGGAUUGAAUGAUAUUAGACUGAUAACCAUAGAUUAAAACAAAAAGGGAAGAUACGGCACUCGCGGCUCAAUAGUGAUCCGCUUAAAUUGUAGUGCACGAUCAGAAUUCGCUGUAGUCACAAUUGGACAUUCAAACACGCUGCACGUACAUUUAAUAUAACAAUAUUGCGUAUGUUCUGUGUUAUAAAAAUUAAACAAUGCCUUCGAUGCUUUUAUAAAUAACGCAAACAGUUCAAAUCAAAUAACAAAUGCCUCGGCAACACUUCUCAUUUGUAUAAGUGUAAAAUCAUUUUUUUCUCAAAAUUCACUGUUUGUCGUGAAUGUUAUUUACGUAAUCGCCAUUUGUGAUCAAGAAUAAGUCAACAAUACAGCUCAACCGUUCGCAUUCGCAAGCUGAAUCGCCGUUUCGCUGGCUCGAUUAAAUGUUAUUUACAGACGUGUGCGUGAGUGAGAGUUGCUUAUGUAGUUGAGUCGGAUCAUAUUUUAUUUGAUGCUAGUAUGAGCGUACUGUAUCUUCCCAUUUUGUUUUAAUCUAAGCUGAUAACUGAUUUUAUCAUCUUAUAUAUGGGUUUUAUAAUGCGUACCAACAAAACAUUGUUGUGUUCUGUGUGCGUAUCUAUAUGAAUUUGCGGUGUACAUAAUACCAUAUUUUUAUGUUUUCUAAGUUUCAUUGCCACAAAAGUAAGAAUUAUACCUUUGAAUCUGCCCAUCUAUCAAGUGUGUGAUCGUACAAAAAUAAGGAAAAUAUUUAAAUGAUUUUCCAAAAAAAUGUAAUCAAUCUCCAAAAAAUACAAUUGACAACCGUAACCUAACCUUUAAGUUAUCAAUUAUAUUUUAGGUGAUCAUUUGUUAUUUUUUUGAGGAUCAUUUAAAUAUUUCCCCAAAAAUAAUAUUUAAGUAUAUAUAUAAAAACUAAGUUUAAAUUGACUUUUUUAUACAUUUAGCUUUAAGCGAAAAAUUUUCUAAUGUCUAUUAGAAGUGAGAUAUCCGUCCAUUUAAAAGCUUUAUUUUGAAUUGCAAUUAAUGAAUCUCCCUAAAUUAAUUAGAAAUUAAAAAUGAAUUGUAUCUAAUGUGUAUUAAAUGUAUUUAUGUUUGAUUUCAUAUUAAAGAAAAUAAAAAUCUUCAGUAAUAUGGGCAAACCAAAAGACUGGUUAAUUAUAGUUGAAUUUUCAACGUCACUAGAAUUACUAUUACUACUAGCAAUUUUGAAUCAUAACUUCUGAAAUUCAUGUUUAAAUACGAUAUCUUUCUAUGGUAACAGUAUUGUAGGAAUAUAUAUCUUAAAAGUGGGCAUCUUCGUGUUGUUUUAAGUUUACAAGAUUUCCUGGUAUUGGGAUUUUUAAACGAUCUAGCAUCUUUUUUCUAUUUUUUGCUUUGCCGUAAACUUAAGAGAUACGAUGUUUUUCUGGCAGUGUUAUUACAGUGCAUAUCUAGUAAAACCAUAAUCAGACAGACAGCAGUUUCUAAAAUUAUGUACGUAGUAUGCUGGUAAAUUGUGACAAUUUCUCUUGUUUCCAGAAAAAACUUAGAAACUAAAUGCCAAAUGUGCCUGUAAGCUAUAGAACAUAAAGUUAUGUAUAGAUGAUGUCUGUAAUAGAUAUAGAAAUAUAAUAAAGUUGUAAUAUGUAUUAGAGAAAGAGUGUCACUUGCAGCAGUUUUGCUAAAUCUCAAUUAAUAAGCUUAAUUAGACUAGAUUUAGCCCAUACAAUAAUGUCAAAUUGAAAUUGAUGUUUUGACAGUUUUCUAUUGGUUAAAGCUAGUUUACAAAGCUAGCUACUGUAAGACGGCUUUAGGAUGCUAACAUAAACAAUAUACCAGUUCAUUGGGCCACUUGCAGCAAAUAUGCUAAAUCUCGAAUUCGCCAAAACUAAAUUUAAUCCACACAAUAAGGAUAAAUUGUCAUUUUAACAUUUUUCUAUGGUUUUUUUUCGGUUACAUCUAGUUUUAGUUGAAUCGAGAUUUAACAUUUGCUGCAAGUAGACAAGUGUAAAAAAUAUAAGCGGGUAUCGACCGAAGGUCAUCUUUCUAAUGUCUAAAAUAUAAACAACUCUUAACAUAAACUCCAAUCGGGUGAAAUACUGGUUGACUGGUAGAGAAUGCCUAUGGCUUUAAGUCCGCUAUUUACUGUAUUUUGGAAAAAAAGAAUAAAAUAAAUAAUAUGUUCUGAUUUAUAAUGUUAACACCUUUGACGCUGAAAGACGCUUUGUUCUGAGCAGACUGGGCUCCACGGGGUAGGGGAUGGGUCAAGGAAGGCAACGGCGCGAGCAGACCCGUCUUUCCCAGUAGGCACUUUGGGCAAGUGCCUAGGGCCCCACGAUCGAUAGGGGCCCCCUUGAGAUCAAAUACAAAGUCCCUAGUUACUGUUAAAUCACCAAAACUGGGUCAUAGGGGCCCCAUUAUCCUAAUAUGCCCAGGGCCUCCAAUAGGUCAAAGACGACACUGGGCGCGAGUGAUAUUUUUCGUAUCGCAAGCAUCUAUAGGCUAUAGUGUCUGCUUACCAUCAGACGGGCUAUAUGCUUAUUUGUUUCUUAGGUUUUCACAAAAAUCACUCAUUAAAUAAAACAAGACCAGAUUCGUCAGAAUUCUGACGACGCAUUCCUGCAAAGAGUGCGAAACGUCAAUAAAUAAAUAAAUAAAACCGUUGAACGUAAGAAAGCACGUCUCUCAAUCGACAUUUCGUCUGUCACCGUUGUGUCUCAUGAACAGGAUGUUUCUUAGUGGUUUUCUAUUACAGCUAUGUCUACAGUAAAUAAAUUUGUGGGGGCAUCUGUGGAAGAAAUUCGAUUUUUGGCGUUUUACAUGACAUUGUGUUCAUUCUUGUAGAUACUAUCUACGCUACGCCUGUAUAUUUAGUGUUGUUCAUGUAUGUUCUAAUUUGAAAUAUUGUAAAUAUCCCGCGUUCUGAACCGAUCACCUGAGCUGUCCAUCUGGAAGAAAAAAUCCUAACAUUCACCUUGUCAAUCUGGUCGGUCAGUUAGGAACCAAAGGUACUAAUUCUUCAAUACUAAUAGAUUAAUAAGUUAUUUCUUUCUAAGGUUUUCACGCACAUCGGUCAUUAAAUAAUACAAGUUUCAACGGGUUAGAAACUGUUUUCCGUUUCAUUCCGACGACGCAUUCCUGCAAAGGAUUCGAAACGUCAAUUAAUAAAUAAAAUUAGUGCAUGUAACCCCUUGAAACUUGUUUUAUUUAAUGAGUGGUGUGACAAAUGAAUUCUUGGGAAUUCCACAGGAACCUAAUAUUUUAGGCCUUUAGAUGUACUGGAAUUUUUUUAAGUCAUUUAAAGAAUUCAUUUAAAGAAUUGCAGUGAUUUUUUGGUAUUUACAUCAGUAAGUACCGGGGCUAUAUAACUACAAAGGAUGCUUGCCAUUUAUUUGUCGGAUAGUUAAGAACUCUUUAUUCGUUGGUACAGUUUACUGAAUAGAAGCAAACAUAUUUAUCCAUUUUCAUUCAGAGAACCCAGGUAGACAGCUCAGGUUUUCGAUUAGGAAUACCCCGUAAAAUCGUGUGCAAUUGAAUUGGCAAACUAUUGAUGUAUUUAAAGUUAAAUUUGUGUGAAAACAAUUAAAAUUAUUAUUUAUGAAUUUUAUGAUUUCGUAGAUAAAAUAAUAAAUUACCUACUCAAAAGACAUGCAUUUUAUAUUAAAAUUGAAAGAAAGAGCUAAAAUGCUUAAUUAUUUAUUCGGAGAAUUAAAAAAAUCUUUGAUUUUCGUUCAUCAAGUACAUAACAACUAAAAUUAUAUUACAUGGAAUGGAAGUUUCGAAGGAAAUAUUUGAAAAGUAACAAUUAAAAUUUCGCAUUAAUAGCUUAAUCCGAUUUCUUUAUUAUGAUAUUUUUAAUUACAAUUUUAAUGAUAGUUUUAUCUUAAUUUUACGAUUAACGAAGCUUAUAAAAAUUGAAAUGAACAACAUUAUUUUUUCCACUCAUAUUGCACAUACAUAGCAUAUAGAUGUAACCAAAUUUUUUUGACAAGUUUCAUACAAGUAGAUAGAUUACAAAAAAUACACAUCACGUAUAAAAAUAAUACCUAGUUAUACAUUAAUUCGCAUUUGGUUUCAACUAAUACGAGAUAUCAGUUUGAAUUGAGUAUUAUUUUCUAUAAAAUGUCAUGAUUCAAAUAAAUAGAGACAUAUUUGUGCUUUUAAUUUGGCUAGAUUUUGUCGUACCUACAAAUCUACAAUAUUGUUUCGAUGGCGUAUUGAUUUUUUUUAGUUGGUGACAUUAAAUUAUGUAUUUAAAUCUUAGGUCAUUCAGUCCCACGAGUUCAAUGGUUAAUUCAUAAUAGUGCAGUGUCUAAGCCCAUCGAAGGACAGAAACAGUAACACCAAAUUCACCCUUCGUAACGUAAUUGCUGACGUACGAUAAUCAGCGGAAUUCACGCGCAGACGCGCGGAUUCGGUCAAAUGCCACUUCUUUUUAUCUAAGAAGGAAUUAUAUAUGUACAUUACGUUGCGGAGAUAAUGGUGAAUUUCCUUUGUUUACGUUUCUAAAAUUUCGAUGCGCUUCGACUCUGCGCUAGUAUGAAUUGACCGUAAGGACUACUUAAGUGAAAACUAAGUAGCGAAUGGGGCUAUUGUUAAUUAAAAUAAUUUAAUGUCACUUACACUUAAGAAUGUUAAGAUAGCAGAGAUAAUCAUAGCAGGAUCAAGGGGUAAGUAUAUUUACUACUCAAAAUGACAAACAUAACCAAAUCCUCGGAUAACAGAACUGUACCCUUAGCACGAACCAUUAGCGAAUUGGAAUAAUUUGCGAGUUCGAAAUGUCACUGUCAAAUUUUGUAUGAAAACUUGAACAGCAGCGCCACAAAGGACGUAACGAGAACUAAAAAUCAGUACACAUUUGACAGUUACAUUUCGUACUCGCAAACGAUACGAAUUCGAUAUUGGUUCAUGCUAGGGGUACCUAUGACCAAAUCUGUGACCAAAUCCAUUACUUUUCCAAAAUCAUCUUUGUCGCCAAAGUCCGUAAAAUAAUAUAAUUAAAUGCUACACAAUUCACUGUACAGUUUAAUUGUAUGACUAUCGUUUUACUUUAACCAGUAAUUCUAAUAGAGCAUUCUCAUUUUUUUAAUCCUUAAGAAACAAAACAAAAAAAAAGUCUUUGAGCGAUGACAUAUUUAUAAAUAAAGAGAUGCAUAUAUAUCUAAAUGACAAUAUGUACAAUGAAAUCUUAUUUCGAACGAUAAAAAUAAUAUACAAUACUUACGUUUAAAAUGUACAAAUUGAAAAAUACAACUACCGCCUAAAUACAGUCGUGGUUCUAAAAUAUUGUACAAUAAUUUACAAAAAGCCUAACAUUACUAUGAUAUGCAAACAAGCUUUACGUAGUCCACUGGGAUUGUCAGUUUCAAAAGACCUAAAUAAAUAAUCUGCCGCCUUACUAAAUAAGUAGAAUAAUCUACAAAAUUAAAUACUUUCGCCUUUUACUCACGUAAAAAAUAAUUAUUGAGUGGUAUGAAAGUUGUUGGUAUUUGACGCUAGAUGGAGAUGUAACUGGUGUUGGUGUAUAACAUUGGUGUUGAUUCUAGCAUGAUUCUCUAAACCUAAACUUAAAUAUGACAAGAGUGAAUCCUUGUCAUUCUCUAUACAGAAUGAAAAGGAGAGACUGAUUUUAAAUUUAGUUUUAAGUUUAGAUAAUCAUGCAAGAAUCGACACCAUUAUAAUACCUAUGUCUUAUUGUUUCUAUCUUUUUAUGAUCAUAGAAGUUAGAUAUUUAUUUUUAAGUCGAUUAUUGUAUGCACCUUAUCCCGACAAUCUUUAAAAUUUUCUUCAAUUGACGCGAUUGAAUUCAGACAAUUAUCGCAUAAAGUUGUAAUUGCCACAAUUUUUAGACUUAUUAUAGUUCGUAUAUACAACCCCGUGGCACCUAUUACAUCGAAUAACAGAAAUCAAAAGGUUUUAUUUUAGUUACCUUUUGUCACUCAGAAUUAGUCUUUUGAAUCUAAUCAAAGUCUAAGUAUGGUAUAUUUUUUGGAAAGUAAUUAUGCGUGUGUACCUUAUGUAUAUUAAUUUAAGCGUCUAAGCGCCCUCUUCUGAUAAAAUCUUUCAUAAAAGAUUUAUUUUCGGAUAGAGCUAUUCCGUUUUAAUGUGACUAUUUUAUUCUGCUACAAUAUUGUUUGGGAAAGUUCAGUGUCUACGUAAAAUAUAAAAAACAUUGUAAUAUAACAUUAAAAUGGGAAUGUAAGCUAAAUGCAAUAAAAUAUAGCCGUAAGCACCAAAUUUGGCACAUUAUUAUGUAUAUUUAAAUAAUACAGUAUAUUUUACACAGACUUCACAAAGCAGUCAUAUUUCGAAAACUUGUCAUCUUUGAGUAUUUUAAUAGUAGUUAAGAAGUCUUUUUGUCCGUAUACGAAUUUCGAAACGUUCUGUUUUGAAUUAAAUGUUAUUUACAAUUCACUAUCAUAAGGGAACAAACCCUUGGUCAAAAACCACGUAAAAGAAACUGUUCAACGAUAACAAAAAUGCUAAACUUAACAACAAAUAAAAAAUAUAAUUCAAUGAGAAUCAAGUCGGAAACACAUCCGGGGCCUCACAUAUAAGUUUAGGCCCUAAUAUGCUAAAACGUUUAAACCUCAAAAUCAUCUCAUAUAUGGCUAUGACCCGGCCGAGUACCAAUUUGUAUUCGGCGGUGCUGACUUAUCUACAGAUUGGUGAGAAUGCGUCGCGUGCGCAGCGUGAGCUUGCGGAUGGUAGAGAUGGAACGAAGACGGCGGAUGGAAGAACUGGGAUUGGUCUAAAGGCGACGCAUAGUCUAAAGCGCCGGGAACGGCCGAAUACGCCUGCGGCUUCAAAGGCAACGGCGCUUCACCCAAAUACGAGUGCCUUAACGCUUCGGAAUACGCGCUAUUGUCGUACGACAGAGCGUACUGCUGCUUAUCCCUAGGCGAAACAGACCCUGGAGGCGUCAUAGCGGAAUGAUAGUCAGCGUAGCCGCCGUAAGCUAAUGAACUUAUGUCAUUGCCUUUAUGACCUAAUUGUUCACCGUAACUGGAGCCUUCGCUUCCUGGGGGAGUGGGCAACGGCCCAUUUUGGCCAUCGCUCGAGUAAUAUCCACCCGUUCUUCCAUCUCCUAAGAAGUUGCUACGAAUGACACUCUCUCUGUUAGCAUAAAGUUGUCUCAAUAACGCCGAUGCGGGAGUAGUCGUAUGGUUUCCAGGGAUUUGUCUGUUCAAGUGGUUCAGGUGAUGGUUUUGAGUGCCUAUCCACUGUAUUGUUGACUUUUGCUGCUGCUGUUUUAGCAAAGCAUCCGUGGAGAAAUCAGUCGGUCUAUGUGAGAUUUCUUUGCCGUCCAGAGAAACGGAAGGCAAAUGUUUCGACAUCGCAUUUUCCAAAUCUCUCACUGAAGUCGCAUCAGUCGUGCCCUCGGGUAUGGACAGGUUGGUUUUGGUCAUUUCUCGUUCGACGGGCGAUAUUGCCGCGCCAGGGUUCGACGAGGACUUCCGCCUUUCUUCGUCUCUCUCGUCGUCUUCGUCGGUCGUAUGUUUUCGUUUCUUCAGUCUUCUCGCAGGCAUUGGGGAAGUCCGCUCUGGAUUAGUGGGAAGGGGUAAUGGCUGGGCGUCGUUUAGUCUGGUCAGAUGAGUGACGUCAGAUGUAGGCACGGGCGCUGUAGACGCAGCUUCUUGAUUUGUAGGGGGUUCUGUUCUUUCUUGUGGAUGUCUUUGUGUCGGAGGCGGUCCUCCCGAAUUGUCGGUAUCGGGAGGACCAUUCUCUGGAUCGCCUGUGCUCUCUUCUCGCUUAACACCUUGCACACUCUCUUCGAGCUGACAGCAAUCCAUCACCGUGUUCGGAUACUCCCGACCACUGA